UCUGUACCUUCUCUAACGCAAACGAUGGGGCGCUGCAUGUACACCGUCGCUGGGUUCUUUGUCCUCCUCGCCAGCGCAGCGGUGCUGAAGCCAUCUGAGGCGAGAGUCCAACCCGCUGCCGCAAACCAAGAAGAAGCCACAGCCACCACCACAGCCAAUGGAGGCUCCCCGUCUCUUCCCGGCCUGCCGUUGCCUCAGAUUCCCGGUAUUCCAAGCUUACCACCCAUAUUCCGCUCCCUUUUCCCAGCACUUCCUCAGAUCCCCGGCUUGCCGCCGCUGUUCGGGCCACUCCCUGGUGGUGCACCGGGCGCCCCGCCAUCCGGUGCACUGCCUAGCCUCCCACACUUGCCACUUCCCACCGGCUCGCCAAGCCCGCCACCGCCGAAGGAGUGCCUGACACCGCUCACGGCCAUGAUAUCGUGCAUGGACUAUCUCACCAACGUCACGGUGUUCUCGCCCCCGACCGCUUGCUGCGAUGGCCUCAAGUCGGUCGUCAGCACCGCGCCGAUCUGCCUCUGCCACGGUCUUAACAACAAUGGCGGCAUGAGCAAGCUCUUCCCCAAGCCUAUCGACCCCAUCCGCAUGAUAAUCCUCCCUGCUAGGUGCGGCGCCAUGAUUCCCCUGCAGACGAUCUUCUCCUGCGCUACCCAACCCUUGCCGCCGUUGACGCCUCCUACCACCAGUCCGGCGCCUCCCGCUGCUUCUCCCGCGCCAUCACCAUAGGAGCAAAGGAUGCACAGAUCGCCCAUGCUUUCAUCAUGAUUAUAUAUCGUUUAAGUUGGUUUUAUUUAGGUAGUAAUCAGAGAAAGAUAUCAGCUAGCGUUUAGGGGUUUAGGAUGUCUCUCAUAUGUAGUACUCCCUCCGUCCGAAAAUACUUGUCAUUGAAAUGGAUGUAUCUAGAUGUAUUUUAGUUUUAGAUACAUCCGUUUUCAUUCAUUUUGAUGACAAGUAAUUCCGGACGGAGAGAGUGGCUCCUAGUGCUACUUAUUUACCAUAUAAGUAUACAGUCGUGUAAGAUCUCCGUCACAUGAA